CACACACACGCACGCUCACGUCUGGAGGAGUGGCAGACAGCAGAAGGGACUCAAACGGAUCCCCGUCCAAGGUUCAGACGCGCGUCCUUCCUUUUUAAGGUCCGUUCGGUCCCGUGUUUCUCUGCUGGACGAGCGCAGGAUCGGAUUCUGCUUCCUCACCUUAUAAGGAUCAAACCCGGAGCGGUGGGAUCCGGUCCGGCUGACGGUUUCUCCCGAGGCUCUGGAAUGUCAGAGUUUGAUGGUUGGAGGCGUGAGUUCGGCGCAGACGGGAUGUCCCAGACGCUGACCCCGCUGGGAUGAUGAUGAUGAUGAUGAUGGGACGAUCAGGACUGAGAGAUGAGGAUAUGCUGCUUGUCGGAGUUUAGUUUUGUCGUUGUGGAGUUGAGUCUGUGUGGUUCUCGUUCAUGCCUGUCGUUACUCUGCAGGUCAAAGGGUGGAAUGUCGUGAAUCGGCCGGGCGAGUCUUGUGUUGGCGGUGCGUCUGGUGCUGAUGGGAGCUGCUGCACCAUCAUGAGUUGCCAUGACGCCGGAGGGCGUCGCCGUUACGAGGACUCGGAGUUCACGUUGCGCGUGUAUCCCGGCGCUCUGUCCGAGGGCACCAUCUACUGCCCCGUCACGGCGCGAAAGGUCACGUCGGCGGCGGAGGUCAUCGAGCGCGUCAUCGAGCGGCUGCAGCUGGACCGCGCGCGCCUCUACGUGCUCGCCGAGGUCAAGGAGUUCGGCGGCGAGGAAUGGAUCCUGAACCCGUGCGACUGUCCCGUGCAGCGCAUGAUGCUGUGGCCUCGCAUGGCGCUGGAGAACCGGCUGGGCGGCGAGGAUUACCGCUUCCUCCUGCGCGAGAAGGACCUGGACGGAUCCAUCCGUUACGGAAACCUACAGAUGUGGCUUCGCGUCACGGAGGAGCGCCGGCGGAUGGUGGAGCGCGGUUUGCUCCCGCAGCCUCCCGCCGGACAGUACGUGGCCGACCUGUGCGCGCUGCCGGAUCUGAACGAGCGGACUUUGCUGGAAAACCUGCGCGGACGCUUUCGGCAGGAGAAGAUCUACACGUACGUGGGCGGGAUUCUGAUCGUCGUCAAUCCAUUCAAGUUCCUGCCCAUCUAUAAUCCCAAAUACGUUAAAAUGUACGAUAACCACCGUCUGGGGAAGCUGGAGCCGCACAUUUACGCGGUGGCCGACGCGGCGUAUCACGCCAUGCUGCAGAGGAAGAGGAACCAAUGCAUCGUGAUCUCGGGAGAGAGCGGAUCGGGAAAGACGCAGAGCACCAACUUCCUGAUCCACCACCUGACGGCACUCAGCCAGAAGGGUUUCGCCAGCGGCGUGGAGCAGAUCAUCCUCGGAGCCGGACCCGUGCUGGAGGCUUUUGGAAAUGCCAAAACAGCCCAUAACAAUAAUUCCAGCCGCUUUGGCAAGUUUAUUCAAGUCAACUAUCAGGAGAGCGGGACUGUAAGAGGAGCUUAUGUGGAGAAGUAUCUUCUGGAAAAGUCCCGACUAGUUUAUCAGGAGCACAAUGAGAGGAACUAUCAUGUGUUUUACUACCUGCUGGCCGGAGCGAGUGAAGAAGAAAGAAAAGCGUUUCAUCUCCUCAAACCAGAGGAGUAUCAUUACCUGAACCAGAUAACAAAGAAAGUCCACAGACAGCACUGGGGAAAUUACUGUGAGACCGAGCUGGACUGUUUCAUGGUGGAAGGUGAAGAUCUGAAGCAUGACUUUGAGCGACUCCAGCUGGCCAUGGAGAUGGUGGGGUUCCUGCCCACCACCCGAAAACAAAUCUUUUCUUUACUGUCUGCGAUUCUCCUCCUGGGAAAUAUCCGUUACAAGAAGAAGACGUACAGAGAUGACUCCAUUGAUAUUUGUAACCCAGAGGUGCUUCCUAUUGUCUCUGAAUUGCUCGAGGUGAAGGAGGAGAUGCUUUUCGAGGCUCUGACCACACGAAAGACGGUGACUGUCGGCGAGAGAUUGAUUGUGCCGUACAAACUAGCCGAGGCGGGGACUGUGAGGGAUUCGAUGGCCAAAUCUCUGUACGGCGCUCUGUUUGACUGGAUCGUCUUCCGAACAAACCACGCACUGCUCUACAACAAAGAUCUGGAGGAUUCAGACAAGAUCCUGUCCAUCGGCGUGCUGGACAUCUUCGGCUUUGAGGACUAUGAGAACAACAGCUUCGAGCAGUUCUGCAUCAACUUCGCCAACGAGACGCUGCAGCACUACUUCAACCAGCACGUCUUCAAACUCGAGCAGGAGGAGUAUCGGUCGGAGGGCAUCAGCUGGCACAUGAUCGACUACAUCGACAACACAGCCUGCAUCAACCUCAUCAGCAAGAAGCCCACCGCGCUGCUCCACCUGCUGGACGAGGAGUGCAAUUUUCCGCAGGCAUCCAAUCAAACGCUCUUGGAUAAGUUUAAGCGGCAGCACGAGGGAAACGGCUACAUCGAGUUUCCUGCCGUCAUGGAGCCGGCGUUCAUCAUACGACACUACGCCGGCAAGGUCAAAUACAGCGUCAAGGAUUUCAGGGAGAAGAACACGGAUCACAUGCGUCCGGAUAUCGUGGCUCUGCUGAAGAGCAGCCGAAACGCUUUCAUCUGUGGCCUGAUGGGAAUCGAUCCUGUGGCCACCUUCCGCUGGGCCGUGAUCCGCGCCUAUUUCAGAGCGCUCGUCGCCUUCAGAGAGGCUGGGAAACGACACAAGGAGAAGAAGGCGACGAGCAGCUCUGAUGGUCCAGUUCAGAAUCAGAAAAGUGUGGACAGCUUCAGUUUCCUGCAUCAUCCUGUUCACCAGCGGAGCCUUGAGAUCCUGCAGCGAUGCAAAGACGACAAAUACAAUUCGUGCAUCAGCCGGAGGAGCCCGCGGACUCCGCUAUCAGACCUGCAGGGAACAAACACGCUCAGUGACAAAAUAAGCAGGAGGUGCGAGCGCGUCUCCUCGUUCUCGUCCCAUGAGGAGGAGGGGAUCUUUGUGAACUCUGUGAAUAAUAAGCUGCUGGAGCGAGCGCAGGGCAUCCUGAUGAGAAACAAAAACUAUAAGGCGAAGCCCAGCCUUCCAAAGCACCUGCUGGAUGUGAAAUCGCUGAAGUAUCUGAGCUGCCUGACGCUCCACGACCGCAUCACUAAAUCACUGCUGCAUCUGCACAAGAAGAAGAAACCGCCCAGCAUCAGCGCACAGUUCAACGUGUCUCUGAAUAAGCUGAUGGAGACUCUGGGACAGUCCGAGCCGUACUUUGUGAAAUGCAUUCGCUCUAAUGCAGAAAAGCUUCCUCUGCGUUUCAACGACGCGCUGGUGUUGAGACAGUUACGCUACACCGGCAUGCUGGAGACGGUGAGGAUACGGCGCUCCGGAUACAGCGUCAAAUACAGCUUCCAGGAUUUUGCCCAUCAUUUCCGUGUGCUGUUACCCGCUGGUUUUCACGCCAUUCAGACGGGAAUCAGGCAGUUCCUGCAGAGCGUCGACCCCGAGCCCAACGGACACCAAGUGGGCAGAAGCACGGUGUUUCUGCAGGAGCGUCUGCGGCAGCGUCUGCAGGAGCAGCUUCAUCAGGAGGUGCUGAGGAGGAUCGUGUGUCUGCAGAGAAGCUUCAGGACGCAGCAGGAGAGGAGACGCUUCUGCACACAGAGACGAGCCGCUCGACUCAUACAGGGCUGGUGGCGUGACUGUCUGAACCGUGCUGACGUGGGUGACGCUGAGCUCCAGCAGGGGGCGGCGCUGCGUCUGCAGACGGCCUGGAGAGGCUUCAGAGAGCGACGGCUGUACCUGCGGCAGAGGAGAGCGGCGCUGAUCAUCCAGACGGGCUGGAGGAGAGUCCUGCAGGCGCGACACGCAGCCGCAAUCCUCAUUCAGGCCGUCUGGAAGAGCUACAGACAGAGACGCAGCUUCCUGCAGCAGCGCCGCGCCGCAGUCACGCUACAGGCCGCCUGCAGGGGGCAGCGCGAUCGACACAGGUGCCGCAUUCUGAGAGAGCAGCGACGUGGAGAGAAAAUCCUCUGUGAAAACACUGUGAGCAAAAGUUUACACGCCCAUCAAAACUUAACGGAAGUCCCGGACGCACAAGAUGAGAAACUCGAAACUCAAUCCCCCGAACCUCCCAAAACCGUAGACGACAGUACGCUGAGGAGCCGCUCCAAACGCGAAAGCAGGAGGCAACGGGAGCUCCAGCAAGCCACGUUCAGUUUAGAGCUGCUCAAAGUCCGCUCCGGUUCAAUGGACGACGCGCUUCCCGCUCAAAUCCCUCUCUCCAAACAUCUUCCUUCGGACAGCCAAGAAAGCUUCGAGGUCCUCAGCUUUCCCGACGAGGAACCGGCGGCGUCCGAGCUUCGUCCUCAAUCCAAAUCCGAGCCGAUGGAGGAGGAGAACCGGAGCAGUCCGGCGUCUUUCAAACCUCACUUCUACAUCGCAGAUGAUGACGGCAGCCCGGUCAGGCCGGUUCGGGAGAAAAAGGAGUCGGUGGUCGUCAUAAUCAGCAUGCAGAAGGAAAACCCCGUAGACCAGAGCAGCCUGGAAGCUCUGCAGAAACUCGAGAUGAUGGACGCUGAGGAGAUCCGCCCGGAAACCGCUGACAGGUUGAACGGAUUGUCGUCUUCGGAUCGUCCGGACGACAAGACGACGCCGAGCCCUGAACCUCAGACCGAUCGCGGCCCGAUCGCGCCGUCUUCCAAACCCCUCCAGCUGGACUUGAGGGACCCGGUUCUUGAAGCGACUUCAGAGCCCAAGAAGGAGGUUCAGAAGAAGUUUGUUUCUCAGAGCAUCAGCAUCAGUAUGAAGGAGAAAGCCUUCCCUCCCAAACGCAGCCGACUCACCUUCUCCAAGUCGGAUAAAGACUUAGUGAAUCAGGAACGAUCUCUGGCCAUUCAAAGAGAGGCGGGAUUCAGAUCAUUAAAAAACAGAGAGGUGAGCAGAGCGGCGCGUAAAAAGAAAGCGCGCAUGGCCGGGACGCGCUCUGAUUUCCUGAGCCGUGCCUGCAGCACGGAGAUUGACUCUGACGAUGAUGAGGACGACGAAUACGAGUACAGAGCCGUCCUCUCUCGCACCCUGCCGCUCCCAGAAUCCCCCAGCUCCCCCGACAGCGACCCGGCCUGCCACAGCGACUCCCAAACGUUGUCUCAGAAAGAGCAGAAGAGGAUCCAGAAGACCAUGUCGUCAGGUGAUCUUGGGAAAAUGGAUUCGCUCAGGAAGUCAAUCUCGCAAACUGACGGCAGGGUCCGAGGCAAAAUGCGGUUCUGGAGUAAGAGCAAACAUGGCGAUAAAAAGAUGUCCACCAGGGGGCGCUCUGCAGAUUCGGAGCUCACCGACAGGAGGAAUGACUCUCCUCCAGGAAGCCCUGAGAACACCGGACUGUCGGAGCGCGGACGCGACAGCAAGGAGAACCGCGAGCCGAUGAUGGGCAUGAUGUCGAUGAAGAGGAGACGCAGUGUGAAGAUCAGUAGCAUUUCUCUAGAAUCUUCCGCCUGGCAGAACGACUCGCUGCACAUCCUCACCAGCACCGCAGACUAUCGCAGCAUGAACGACUUCCUCAUGAAGAAGAUCAGCGAUCUAGAAGCUGAAGACAGUCAGAAGGACACACCGGUGGACGUGGUCUUCAAGAAGGCCCUGAAAGAGUUUCGCCUCAACAUCUUCAACUCGUACUCUACCGCUCUGGCCAUGGAUGAUGGCAGGAGCAUUCGUUAUAAAGAUCUUCACGCUCUGUUCGAGCACAUCUUAGAGAAGAACAUGCGUCUGGAGCAGAGAGACUGGAGCGAGUCGCCGGUUAAAGUCUGGGUGAACACAUUCAAAGUCUUCCUCGAUGAGUUCAUGACCGAAUACAAGCCAAUGGACGGAACCAUCAGUAAGGCUCCUAAACCGGAGAGGAAGAAGAGGAGGAAAAAGGAAUCUGACACCGUGGAAGAGCACAUGGGUCACAUCUUUAAAUCCACUCAGUACAGUAUUCCAACCUACUGCGAGUUCUGUUCAUCUCUCAUCUGGAUGAUGGACAAAGCAUGUGUCUGCAAACUCUGUCGCUAUGCGUGUCACAGGAAGUGCUGUCUGAGGAUGACCACCACAUGCAGUAAGAAGUUUGACCCCGAGCUGUCUUCACGGCAGUUUGGCGUGGAGUUGUCUCGUUUGACGAGCGAUGAGAGAGCCGUCCCGCUGGUGGUGGAGAAGCUGAUCAACUACAUUGAGAUGCACGGCCUCUACACCGAGGGCAUCUACAGAAAGUCUGGAUCCACCAAUAAAAUCAAAGAACUCAAGCAGGGGCUGGACACCGAUGCGAACAGUGUGAAUUUAGAUGACUACAACAUCCAUGUGAUCGCCAGUGUGCUGAAGCAGUGGCUGCGUGACCUUCCCAACCCCCUCAUGACCUUUGAACUUUACGAGGAGUUCCUCAGGGCUAUGGGUCUGCAGGAUAAACGUGAGGUGGUUCAGGGGGUUUAUUCGGUCAUCGAUCAGCUCAGCAGAACUCACCUGAGCACACUGGAGAGACUCAUAUUCCACCUGGUCCGGAUCUCAUUCCAGGAGGAGACGAACCGCAUGUCUGCAAACGCGCUGGCCAUCGUGUUUGCACCCUGCAUACUGCGCUGUCCCGACACCACCGACCCAUUACAGAGCGUCCGGGACAUCAGCAAAACUACUGCGUGUGUGGAGCUGAUCAUCUGCGAGCAGAUGAGGAAAUAUAAAGCUCGUCUGAAGGACAUCAACACGCUGGAGUUUGCCGAAAACAAAGCCAAGAGUCGUCUGACGCACAUCCGGCGCUCGAUGAAACCAGUACUAAUUGCGGUUAGGUUUAUUGGCAUUACAAGAACUGCCACGCCGCCAAACGCAGUCAAAAAGGGUAAGGCGCGUUUACGCAAAAGUGGCCGCCACACGCCCUCGCCACCCUUAAGUCCUCGAGCAGCGGAGAGGGAGGAGCCAGGUGAUGAGGGGGCGGAGUCUGGGCUGAGUGAGCAGCAGCAAGCAGCCAUGCAGCAGGAAGAAAAAGUUUUAACUGAGCAGAUAGAAAACCUGCAGAAAGAGAAGGAAGAACUGACCUAUGAGAUGCUGGCUUUGGAGCCCAGAGCAUCCGAUGACGAGAUGCUGGAGUCGGAAGCAUCUAUCGGAACAGCAGACAGCUCGGAAAACCUCAUGGAGUCGGAAGGCGCCGCGUCCGAUCAAUGGGAAAAAAGCCCCGGCGCGGUGUCGGCAACACGCUGGAGGAAGUCCGAGUCCAAAAGCAGACGCGGUUUGCGCCGUCAGCCUGAAUCUCUGGACUCGGUGGACUCGGCCGUAGCCUCGCUGUCCUCCGUGUCGUCCACGCCUCACUAUCGCUUUCGUUCGUCCUCUUCCGGCCCUUUAUUUUCAUCCUCCUCUCCCGGCGGGGACUUGCACAUUCUCCCCGACCAGGAGGGCUCCGAACAGGCUUCCCUGACCAACCGAUGUGCCUCCAGCUCUGAGAAAACCCGUCCGCGGCCCAGGGGGAACCGAAGCUGCCCUCCAAAGUCCCGCGAGCCGGGAGAAGGCGGCGGCAGCGCCGGCGGCCGUAGAAGAGAGCAUGAAUUCGGCUCCUCUCAGCCUUUGGUGCUGUACGGGAGUAAUGAAUUUAUGGUGUGACGACGAUGAUGUGGGCUGGAGCUGGUAAAGCAGAAACACCAAUAGAUGUCCGAAUAACAUUAAAGUGUGAAAAAGUGAAAGAGAAAAUGCUUGGAAAUCAACCUUCAAUUGCUCAUCCUUCCAGUGAACAAAAUGUAGGGAAGGUACUGAACGUGACCUACUGACUGCAACGGACCUGCUGGACCGGUCCGUUUUUCACAACAAGAAUAGCUGAACAGGGAAAGAGCGAUUUUUAAUCAACACGCAAUGUCCAUUUUCAUGUUUACAGAACUGAGCCAAUGAGAAGUCGAGCGACUUCGACUGACCGCAUGCCGUAUUGCUACCAUUUUGUUUUCACUCUAUGAUUAAAACCUUUGAUAAAGUGCUAAAUAUGUAAUAUAAUAUUAUAUUAUUGAUAAGGGUCGACCGAAUCGUGUAAAUAGCUGAGAUCCCUGUGCUGCUGGUUGAACCAUGUGAAAAUAACGUCUUUUUGUGUUGCAGAUCGAAAACUAGAGCGUGUGAAUCUGGUGUCUGUGUCUGUUUGUUGUUCCUUUAGGGCGAGUCUGACAAGAACGCACAUGAUUUAGGUCUUCUUUUAUCCUGUUUUUCCAAUCUUGGUUUUCUUUAUGCAGUUUGAUUUUGCGGUGAAAUAUGACUUGGACAUGUGCUUCAACCCACGUUUUUUGCUUUUUUGGUUCUAGAAACACUUUUCCCCCUUCAGAUGAAAAAGCAAAAGGAUGAAUAGGGAUGAAAAGUCAAAUGUGUGCGUUUAUCCCACGAUUCUUUGCUGUAGUUUCACUCGCCAUCCUUUGUUUUCAUCAGUGUUAUGUGCAACCAAAUCAGGACUUGAAAAUAUAUUUAGUCUUUUUUUGCUUUUUAAAAAUAUAUUGUGUUUUAUACAUGCUGAUAUUUUAUUGUGAAUAUUUUUGGUGUUCCACUGUGCCAUCUGGAGUCACGUUUAGUUGGCCAUGAUGUCCUUUCUGUUUAAGACUUUGAUUUAAUUUAGGGCUAAUUUAUCACAAACAUCCUCUCCCGUGGAUUUUUACCCUUUAGUAGAUCAACACGCAGAUUUAUAGCAGUGAAGUUCAUAGAAAACAAUGACAGGUAACGGCAAAAAAGCUCAAAGCUUUAGUAUAAACUAUAUAGUACGUUUACGCAGUCAACAUUGCUGUUUAUGUGCAGGGAAUGUGUCUCCAAAAGCUGUUUACUCUUUUCGAUGUGCUGUUACACAGAUAUCUAUGUCUAUAUCUACGUCUUAUAAGUCAUAGCCUAUUGCAAGAAACCAUCACCAUGGUGCAAUAUCACAAGAGACAUUAAGCUAUGUUUUUACAUUUUGGUAAGUAUACUUGGGUACUAUCCAAACCUUAAGUCCACUAAUGCUGAAAAACGGGCGAUGAGAAGGAAACGGUUGUUCGUUGCGUCCUGCAUAAGUGAAUGUAAUCACUGUAGCAUGCCACACUAUUGUCAGAGUUUCUCUUUUACAGCCACUGUAUGUAAGACCAGGUUUGAGGCCAGGAAACAUACUCUGUGCAAAAACACAGACCCGAAUGCACAUUUCACAUGUAUUAAGGAGAGGUCACAACAAAAUUUUGUGUGAAAAAAGGUUUAUCAUCAGUUGCUACUGCAUUUUUAUCAGAAUUACUGGAUUUCGCUCCCUCAAAAUUUCACUGAGGAACAGUAAAAAUAACACACAGGCUUCAGGACUCACGUAAGAAAAAAAUCAUGCUUUGGUAAGUCAUAAUUAUGACUAUAAAUGCUGUAAUUAUGACAUACUAAGUCAUACUAAUGACUUUAAAAAUGGAAAUUGGCGUAAGUCAAAAUUAUUACUUAAAAAUGUGAAUUAUGACAUUGUAGUCAUAAUUAUCAAAAUUGUCGUAAUUAUGACAUGACUUUAAAAGCUGAAGUUGACAAAUUUAAAUUAAAGUCAUAAUGAGAUAAAAAGUCGAAACUGUCGCUUUAAAAGUCAAAACUAUGACAAGUGAAGUUGACAGGAAAAAGUCGAUAACUAGAUAAACAAGGCAAAAAUGUGUUUAUUUAAUUUUAAUCUCAAAAAUCGACUUUUCCUGUCAUAAUGUUGGCUUUUUAUCUCAAUUUUGACUUAGUUAAUCUUGCGUAGAUAAAAGCAUUUUGCAUAGAGUAUGUUUUUCUUUAGCAUAUGGUUAAAAACAAGGGAUGUAAUAUCUUGCAUAUGCCGAUUAUUUUAUGUUGAAUGAUCCUGCUCUGUGUGUUUUGAUGGACUGACAGUCUCUACAAACAGAUUUGUGCUUUCGGAGUUUGUGUUUGUGCUCUUGUGGGCGCAGUUGUAAACGGUGCAAUGUGUGUAAUAUUUCUUUAUUAAUGUGUAAAUGUAAGGAUGUAAAAAGAAAAAAUGAACAUAAUCAUUGUCUUAUUAAAAAAGAAGAGGAAAAUAAAUCUGCUCAUGUUUUUCUU